AAUCAAUCAAACUUAGCCAACCCAUCGAGAAAUUUCCCCCAACAGCCAAUUUCUUCCAACAUUAUACUUUCUUAAUCUUCACUUUUUCCCAACAUUUUAGCUUUCUCGGAUUAACUAUCUUUCGAGUUUUCAAUCAACUCGACCAAUUCCCAUAUAAGGGAUUCAUUUUUUCCUGCAUUUGGGGGUCAGAAAUGGGCUAAGAAAUUUCAUAUCUUUUUGUCUUAAUUUGGGUUUGAAUCUUUUCGAAUCAUCUUGAAGGCAAAAAGAUUUAUGGGUUUCUUUUAAGUUUUGUUUCUGAUUCUCAAUUGGCAGAGAAAUCUUGUGGAAUUUAUCCGAGAAAGAAAUCGUGGGUUUUGUUUGGAGAUUCAUUGUGAAACAAGAAUCAUAAAAAGAUUGGAAAUUUCAUGAAAUGUUGAUUAUUGUCAGCAUCCGGGUUUGAUUGGAGACUCUAUCUGUAGGUUAAAGAUCACAUUAUUGUUGGGAAUUUAGUGAGGUUUUGAAUCUUUAUAUAUUGCAAAAGCAAAAGAGAUUUGAGCUUGUUUGGGGAUAGAUUUAUAGGCUUGAAUCAAUGCCCAAUUCGGCGUAAUUUUAUAAACAAAACAUCGAUUCAAAUGAAAAGGGCAGUUUCAUGGAAUGCAACAGUCUCGUACGCCAAAAGGCUUGGUUAUGUAGGCGUUUUUGUAGCUCUUUUUUGUGUGUUUUUGGUAGAUCUUUUGGAAGGAAAUCAUUGGAUCCAUAAAAAAGCCUCAUAUGACAAUGGACCCGAUUGGAGACCUCAAUAUAUCGACCAAAAUACAUUUGAACAAAAUCCUAUAGCUAACGAGGAUUUUAAUCUACUUUACUUCAAGUCCAAAACAUCAAAAUCCAACGAUGAAAAACAAGGGUGGCAAGAAAAGCUUUUCAAAUCAUAUCAUUGUGAUGAUCAUGAUCAUCUUGAGAAGAAGGAAUGCCCCAUUCAUGAGGACCCUUCAAGCUCACCAUCUAUGGCCAAAAGGUCUCCUAUUCGGGCCCUACUUACAUCACCUAAUGAAUUGCCGAAUUCCUAUCAUAGACCCUCUCGUAAGCUUAUAGAUUUGGGAGGGUUGGGUGGAUCAGCUGUAUUGAUAGUUGUUGUGGUGUCGACUGUGGUGGCAACAUUGGGUGUUUUUGCAGUCGUGUUGUUUUGUUGUGUUGGACGUGACGCUCUUAAACCCGGGGCUAAAGGACAAAAGGACAAUAAACUUGUUGUCGAUGUAGGCUCUAAGGGCUCUAAAACUGAAUUAGGUCCUUCACAAAAACCGACUGAAGUGUCGGAUCGGCCUCCGAAGACCACCAAUUUGGCCAACGACAACCAUCGUCCAUCGGAAACAGGACCUUUACCACUCCCACCAGGCAAAACCACUCUUCGAGGACCAGGAAAACCCUGCCGUCGAUUACCAGGGCAAGCCUCUUUCCAAUCACCAGCACCGCCGUCGUCGCCGCCGCCGCCUCCUCCACCACCAGCCGUCUCAACACCACCAGGUCGAAAAGCUCCACCAUCACCUCCUACCAUACCUACCGCUCCACAACCACCACCACCGCCUCCGGGUGGUCGCCCUGCUCCACCAAACCCAAGUAAUAUGAAAACACCUGCAUCUGGAAAGCAAACGCAAACCACUGUUAAUAAAGAUGAAAAGAAACAAGAUGGAGAUUCUGAUAGCCCAAAAGUAAAGUUAAAGCCGUUUUUCUGGGACAAGGUGAACGCUGUUCAGGGUCGUUCCAUGGUUUGGCACCAUCUUAAAGAUGGAUCAUUCCAGUUGAAUGAGGAAACAAUGGUGGGUCUAUUCGGAUAUGUGGCUGCUCAAAACAAGAAAGAACGUAAUGGGAAAAUGGAAUCGAACUUACAUCCGCAAGCCAAGUUGAUUCAGAUCAUCGAUGUAAAAAAAUCUCAGAAUUUAGCGAUUCUUCUAAGAGCAUUGAACGUGACCACUGAACAAGUCUGUGAAGCUGUCAAAAAAGGUACCCAACUUCCCGUUGAGCUUAUUGCAACUCUGUUGAAAAUGGCACCAAAUCAAGAAGAAGAACUAAAACUCCGGUUAUAUAACGGCGACAUCAACCAACUUGGCCUUUCAGAACGUUUUCUCAAAGACUUGGUUGAAAUCCCAUUUGCGUUUAAACGACUUGAAGCUUUAUUGUUCAUGGGUGCCCUUCACGAGGAUUACCAUAUGGCUAAAGAAUCAUUCGCGACGUUGGAGGUAGCUUGCGACAAGCUUAUAAGCAGCAGACUCUUCCUCCGGCUACUAGAAGCGGUUUUGAAGACGGGAAAUCGAAUGAACGAUGGUACGUAUCGUGGUGGAGCCCAGGCGUUCAAGCUGGAUACGCUUUUGAAGCUUUCGGAUGUGAAAGGGACCGAUGGAAAAACGACGCUUUUGUCGUUUGUGGUUCAAGAAAUAAUCCGAUAUGAAGGAAUUAAAGUGGCUAGAACACGAGGUCUUGAUCUAACCCAACAAACACCGGAAUCUUUAAAAAAACUUGGUAUGGAGGUUGUGUCGAAGCUAAGUGAGGAGCUUAACGACGUGAAAAAAGCAGCACUCAUUGACGGCGAUAACCUAACGUCGACAGUUUCAAAAUUGGGGAACAUGAUGAAGAAAACGAAAGAGUUUAUGAGCGACGAGAUGACAACCGCCGAAGGAGCUACAGAGUUUAAUGACGCUCUCACGAGGUUUAUGGAGUAUGCAGAAGCCGAUAUCACAUGGAUGAUCGAAGAAGAGAAACGGAUAAUGGCGAUGGUGAAGAACACCGGGAAUUAUUUUCAUGGACAGUCAGGGAAAGACGAAGGGUUAAGGUUGUUUUCGAUCGUUCGUGGUUUCUUGCAGAUUUUGGAUACGACGUGUAACGAAGUGAGAAAAACAUUGGCGAUGCAAACGAGGAUGGAGGCACUGCGGUCGCCGGCAUCCGAUGAAAAUGGGAGAAAAAAUAAACGGUGGCAGAAGACACGAAAUAGGAUUAUGUUCAUGAAAGAUGCAGUGAACAUGAUACUUGAAGCACUUUAUGAUGAUGAAGAGACACCACGUGCUCCUCAUGAUCCACCUGGUUUGCCGGUGACUUGUGAGCCGGGACAAAUUCCGACACCCCCUGCUUUACCGAGUGUUCGUGAUAAAUUAGUUCGCCUGGCUUUGAAUAAUCAGAAAUUGGAUGAUUCCGAUUCUGAUUCAGGUGAUUGGAGCUCUGAUGACGACGAGGAAACGUACCCAAAUCUUACCAAACGAUCUUCACGAAAAGUGGAUGAUUUAGAUGCCGAUGAUUGGAAUUUAGACGAUGAUGAUGAAACAAUGGAGUUGGGACCAUUUGAUUUUGAAGAAACAAACCCACAGUCGUCAACAUCGGAUGUUGAGAAUGGAGUAGUCAUCCCGGGGAAACAGAUAGAUGAUUCAGAUGUAAAUGGUUGGCAUUCAGAUGAUGACAGAAUCAUUCAGAGUCAAAACGAGACACAACAUAUGCCAGAAUUACCUGUUGCUAAAGAGUCUGAACCAUUUGAUGUUGAAAAAACAAACAGACAGUCAUCGACAUCGGAUAUUGAGAAUGGAGUAAUCAUCCCAGUGAAACCGAUGGAUAAUGAUAACGGAAUAGAGCAGAGUCAAAAUGAGUUACAACAUACGCCGGAAUUACAUGUUGAAGAGCCAAAACCAUUUGAUUUUGAAGAAAAAAACCGACAAUUGUCGACAUCGGAUAAUGAGAAUGGAAUACUCAUACCAGUGAAGCAUGAUUCCGACGUAGAUGGUUUGGAUUCAGAUGAUGACGGAAUAGAGCAGAGUCAAAACGAGGCACGACAUAUGCCGGAAUUACCUGUUGUUGAAGAGCCGGAAUCAUUUGAUAUUGAAGUAACAAACCGAGAGUUUUCAACAUUGGAUUUUGAGAAUGAAGUAUUGAUCCCGUUGAAGAAAAUGGAGGAUCCCGAUGUAGAUGGUUGGCAUUCAAAUGAUGAUGGAAUAGAGCAUAGUCAAAACGAGGCACGACAUACACCGAAAUCACCUGUUGUUGAAGAGCCAGAAUCAUUUGAUAUUGAAGUAACAAAUCGACAAUUAGAGAAUGAAGUAUUGAUCCCUGUGAAGCAAAUGGAGGAUUCUGAUGUAGAUGAUUGGCAUUCACAUGAUGAGGAAAUAGAGCAGAGUCAAAACGAGGCACCACAUACACUACAACUACCUGUUGCUGAAGAGCCUGAACCAUUUGAUUAUGAAGAAACAAACCGACAGUCUUCGACAUCUGAUAUUGAGAAUGAAGUAUUGAUCCCGAUGAAGGUGAUGGAUGAUUCCGAUGUAGACGAUUGGCAUUCAGAAGAUGGUGGAAUAGAUCAUAGCGAAAACGAAACCCUACAUUCACCGGAAUUACCUAUUGCUGAAGGGUCGGAACCAUUUGAUUUUGAAGAAACAAACAGACGGUCAUCGACAUCGGAUUUUGAGAAUGAAGCACCGAUCCCGGUGAAGCGGAUGGAUGAUUCCGAUGUAGAUGAUUGGCAUUCAGAUGAUGAGGGAAUAGAGCAGAGUCAAAACGAGGCACAACAUACGCCGGAAUCACCUGAAGAGACAAGUCAAAGAUCAUCGGACUCUAAGGAUAGUGUGGUGGAUUUUUCAGAUGCAAAUGGGUGGAGUGCAGUCGAUAAGAUACUGCCAACGACGAUUGAAGAUGAACAAAGCCAAAUGGGUGAUUCAAGUAUAGAUGAUAAUGAGAGUGUGUAUGCAACACCAUAA